AUGGCGUUCUGGAGUCGAAGGGCUCCGUUCCCGAGCUGUGUGCGCGUGCGCGGAGAUAAAAGCAAGACAGGCGCGCGGCGGGGGCGGCGCGGCACUGUGAGCGGCGGGAUGGCGCGGGCUGGAGCACGGUGUACAGCGGCCGUGGGUUUGGCGCUGCGGCUACUGCUAGGCCUCGGGCUGGGGCUGGAAGCUGCCGCAACUCCGGCCUGGUCUCUUACCCCGACCUCGGCGGUACCCUCGUUGCAGGCCGCAGACCCCAGUACAGGCUCGUGCCCAUCCGCCAGCUUCCAGUGCCGCACCGGUGGCGUCUGCGUGCCCUUCGCCUGGCGCUGCGACAGAGAUCGCGACUGCUUGGAUGGCAGUGAUGAGGACGAGUGCAGAAUCGAACCCCCCGGCGUCGAGCCGUCGCCACCCACUGGCUGCCUGGGUGGCCAGGGUAAGAGCCCCCACAACUGCAGCCCCCGGCCCUGCCCUGCAGGCGAGCUGCGCUGUGCGCUGGGCGGUGCCUGCAUCCCACGCACAUGGCGCUGCGACGGCCACCCAGACUGCCCGGACUCCAGCGACGAGCGAGGUUGCGCUAUUGAUUACUUACGGCUCAUUGCAGGGACUCCUGAGACCCUUCAGGGAAGGGACAACCUGGAUGUGACCUUGGAAAGUGUCAGCUAUGUCAGCAGUGCCGAGGACCAGGACUUGGGCCAGAACAACAUGGUCCCCACAGUGACCCUGGAAAGUGUCAGCUAUUUCAGCAGUGCUGAUGGCCAGGACUCGGGCCAGUCUGAAAACCAAAGUGCCCUAGGGGUCAUCGCAGCCGCUGCCGUGCUAAGUGCUGCCCUCGCUGCUGCUGCCCUCCUAGCGCUGUGCCAGCUCGUAGGUCCAGGACGUCACUUUAAGGAAUCCUUGCUGUUGUCAGAGAGCAAGGCCUUCCUGCUCUGA